AUGGAUAUCGUCGUCCCCUUGAUCAUCAAUGGCAAAGAAGAGGCCACCUCCACCACCUUCGACGUGAUUAGUCCCUACACAAACCAGACAUGCUGGACCGCAGCUGGAGCUACCCCACAAGAUGCCAUUCGAGCUGUUGAGGCCGCCGACGCCGCCUUUCCCGCCUGGUCACUAACAAAGCCGACCACAAGACGAGAUGUCCUGCUCAAGACCGCAGACCUACUAGAGCAGCGUCUCGAGCAGAAUGCCGAGUACAUGCGGACCGAAAUGGGCGCCGAUGUAGGUGCAUCGCAGGGUUUCGUUGUCCCACUAGCUAUCAGUAUGCUGCGCGACAUUGCGAGCCGCAUUACCUCGAUUUGUGGAAGCGUUCCUAUCGUUGAAGCUGAGGGCCAGAGCACAAUCGUUUUCAAAGAACCAAUGGGGGUUAUUCUGGGUAUUGUCCCAUGGAACGCACCUUAUGUUUUCGGAAUCCGCUCUGCUACAUGCGCACUCGCAGCUGGAAAUACCACCACCUUGAAAUCCUCGGAGCUGACACCACGCUGUUACUGGGCUAUUGGUCGUGCUUUCGAGGACGCAGGUCUCCCCGCCGGCUGUCUGAAUAUCCUGCACUGUCGUUCGCAGGAUGCAGCGGAGGUAGUCAAUGCCAUGAUUGAGCAUCCGGCCGUCCGUAAGAUUAAUUUCACCGGUAGCACGGCGGUAGGCCGCAAGAUCGCGCGGUCAUGCGGGCAGAACCUCAAGCCGUGUUUGAUGGAGCUAGGCGGGAAGAAUAGUUCCAUUGUAUGCGCUGAUGCGGACUUGACGACGGCCGUGCAGGGAGUUCUUGCCGGGGCCUUUUUGAACGGAAGUAAACAUGACUCUUGGAUCCCUUGUGGUCUGGUCAAAUCUGUAUGGCCACAGAUCGUAAUCCUCGUGCACUCCUCGAUCGCACCUGCGUUCACGGAAGCUCUAAAGUCUGCCCUCGCAUCCGGCACAGAUAGCUCAUCCUUUCCCCCGACACUCGUCAACACUGCCUCCAAGGCCCGUGUCGAGGCUCUGGUUUCCAGCGCUGUGGCCGCGGGUGCCCACUUUAUCUCUGGGUCUGCUGAGACUCAUGUCCCGGGCGAUGCAGGCGUACGUCUAGCGCCAGCUAUCCUGGGCGGAGUUAAAGAAGAUAUGGCCGUGUGGCAGGAAGAAGCAUUUGUCUCUGUAGCUGCGUGCAUGGUCUUUGAGACGGAAGAUGAGGCGAUCCGUCUGGCAAACAGUAGUGGGUACGGAUUAUCGGCGUCUGUGUUUACAGAGAAUUUGCGGAAGGGUUUGGCGAUGGCCAAGAAAAUUCAGUCGGGGGCUGUGCAUAUCAACAGUAUGACAAUCCACGACGAGCCCGUUCUUCCGCAUGGGGGUGUGAAGAAUAGUGGAUGGGGUCGGUUCAAUGCGGCGGAGGGGUUGAAUGAGUUCUUAUCGAUUAAAAGUGUGACUUGGAUGGAUUAA